AUGGGAGGGUCAAUUGGGUUUUCUUGAAAAUUUAUCUAAUUCAGAUUAAUUUUAUACCCCGCCAUGGCCAAGAAAUUCUACUAAUUCAUAAUACUAAAAUGGGAAUCAAGGAUUUCUACCACUUUUGAUACAGUUAUGCCCUCUCUAGUCACUAAAAGAGUUUGCCUUUGUUCUUUGCUAACGCUUGCAAGUUAGCAUAAAUCAUUGAUCAUCAAAGGCCAAAGGUAGCUUCCUCUAGAUUCAUAGCUAUAAAAUCAAGCCCAUGUGGUCUCAAAACAUAUCUUUCAUAUUAAUUUUUUUUACUAAUAGUUUUAACUUAGGCUUCCAUACAUAAUAUACUCACAUACAGGUAUUAGUGAAUAAGAACAAUAAUUUUAUUAGGUUUUCUUAAAAUUUUAUCUAAUUCAAAUUAAUUUUACACCCAGCCAUGGCCAAACAAUUCUACUAAUUCAUAAUGCCAAAAUAAUAAUCAAGGAUUUCUAGCAUUUUGGUACACUUUGUGCCUUCUCUAGUCACUAAAAGAGUAUGUCCUUGGUUUAUGCUAACACCUGCUAGUUAGAGUAAAUCAUUGAUAAUCAAAGGCCAAAGGUUCCUCUAGAUUUAUAACUAUACAAUCAAGCCCAAGUGUUCUAAAAAACACAUCUUUUAGAUUCAAUUUUUUUUAUAUAAUAUUAAUAGUUCUAAGUUAGGCUCCAAUACAUAAAAUACUUAAAUGCAGGUAUUAGUGAGUAAGAACAAUAAUUUUUAUGGAGUUUAUACAUAACCUGCUUGAGUGAGAAAAUGUGGGGCUCAAGAUGUGGAAGAUCAAAACUUUUACUGCUCAAGAAUAAGAUAAAAAUAAUAUUUCUAAACUUUCAAUGGUUGGAAUAGUAAAAUAAAAAUGGACACCAACCCGUUUCGGCCCAGUAAAGAUCUGAAAAUAAAAGGAUAAUCUCGCCGGAAAUAAGUAUCUUAUCCUGUAAUAUUAAUUUCUCUCUCUCUCUCUCUCUCUCUCUCUCUCUCUCUCUCUCUCUUGCGUGGACGGACAGAUGAGGAGAAUAGAUGCGGUGAAGAAUCAGAGGGAAACUAGGAAGAAACGAAAGAAAUUCGCAACGGAAAUCAACGAAGGAACGGGGGACAGUCGGAAGAAAAAUCACGAUGGAAAACAACGGAUAAAUGAGGAAAAACAGAGGGAAGACCGUGACGGAAAAUGAGGAACGAAUGGGGAAAAAUGAAUGUGAGAUUCUCACCAGAAAUAUAAGGUUUUUUGAAGACUCAUCUGAUUGCACUCUCCACUCUCUGCAGCUCGUGAAGUCAAAGGAGAAACGAGAAGAAGAAGAAGAAGAAGAAGAAGAAGAAGAAGAAGAAGAAGAAGAAGAAGAAGAAGAAGAAGAAGAAGGUUUCACUGGAUACUCCACACUGUAAUGAAAUAGAGGAGGAUUCUGAUUGCUUGGGGCCAACCUCCAUGACCUCGUGUAGAACACUUGAGAAGUGA